GGUGCGCCGCUGAGCCCGCCGACAUUCGAGUUGAGACUUCGGAGCAGUGAAGAUGGCUACGCACAGACGUCCCUUUAGCCCUGGUCUAUGGGAGACCUCGUCCAGAGCUCCAGAUAUAUUUUCGGAUGAUUAUAGGCUUGACAGGAAGGCCUUCCCCUUUCCGUCAAAGAAACCUUAUAUGGAAUAUUAUGAGCCUUUGCAACGUCGACAAGAUACGUUUCGAACUUGGGAGUUUGAGCAUAAAGUGAGUGCGGAGCAGCUGUCUGACGCUGGAUUUUUUCGUAGCACCCAAGCUUUGGACUUGACCCUUUGCUUUCAUUGCGGGGGCGGUUUGAAGGAAUGGAGUAAGGGCGAUGAUCCUUGGUUUGAACACGCUUUACAUUUUCCGAAGUGUGCUUAUGUGAAGAUGAGGAAAGGCGCUGAUUUUAUCCGUUGCGUAAAGGGGGAGAGACCGGCUACAAUGACUUUGGAGGAGAUUCGUACUUUGGCUUUGAAGGAUAUUGAUGAGCGAGAGAAUGGCGAUGUGGAUUCAGGACAUGCGAGUGAGGAAGAGACUGACGACGUGAUGAAGUGUAAAGUGUGUUUCCAAGACAAUCUCGGCGCCGUGUUUUUACCAUGUAGACAUCUUGCUUCGUGUUCGAAAUGUGCCUCAGUAGUUAAGCAUUGUUUUAUUUGUCGUAGAGACAUAAUGUCAGUCAUACAUGUGUUUAUUCCUUGAGAGGGUUGUAUAAAAAAGUGUGGAUUCAAAAGUGCCGUGAGCGAGGUCGCACUGGAACGGCGUAAAAAUAAAAUCAUAGGCAUAUUCUGUUUGUAUCACACAUAGCGACUUGGGAGCGUCGUGGGAUUACCUAUAGAAUGUGUCUGUGUGUUUUAUUUUUCGUUGUUUCAGAGCGGGCCGCGACAGGUUCUUUUGAAUGGGGAAUUUUAAGAUAUUGUUUCUUGUCGUAAAAAUAAAAAUCAGAAUUUUUUAUAGAACAUUAUUUUUAUUUCUUUCCACGUUUACAACAUUUUUGCUUGUUGACUUUUACAUGCACAUCGUCACAUAGCUUAACAUUUUUAGAGUAGUAACGUAGAAACAUUUUAUC